AAAGAGAAGACAUUGUGUGCAUCUCAGGGCUCACGCAUGCUCUUCAUUUAGCUAAACCUAAAGACUACUUUGGAUUAUUUACUGUUUAUUGCAUUAUAUUUAGGGUCAGAUUUUUAGCUUUCUAACAUUGGAAGAUGAAUCCGGUUUGAAAUCUGUCCUUUUAUCAGGAUUGACAUCAAGCCGGACUGACUUUGCAGCAUGCGUCGUGGAGACUGGUUGCCAUGGCCCGGUGAAGCUCAGAGACGAGACGAGAGGAGGGCCGAAGCCAGACUGGCUGAGGGUCUGCAGAGACUCGACCAGGCUAAACAUUACCACCUCAACACACUGACCAGAGAACAGCGCAGACUUCACAGAGACCUCAUCUCCAUCAAAACAGGUAAUCCCUGGAAAAGAGGACUCCACAGUUUGGGGCUACAACCCUCCAACAAUGAUGUUGUUCGCCCUGCUGCAUCUUACAAGAGGACCCAGUUACCCAUCAUCCCAGUGGCAGGCAAGGAGACAGACAGUCACAGGUCUUCACUACAUGCUCGUGUUCAGGAGUUUAUGAGCAGUGGGGAGAAAAGGGUAGAACACUCCUCUGAGACGCUCUGCCUGCCGGACCUAAAACGCCAGCCUGUCACCUCUCUAACCGCUACGAGCACAAAUACAGAAAGAGAGGAGAGCAAGGAGAGAGAGAUGGAUGGAGAACAGGACAGAGACAGAGAGGCACUCAUGGAGGUAGUGAGGGACAGAGAAAAAGACAGCCAGAAAGAGAGGGAAUGGAUGCUGUUAAGGGAACGAGAGAAAGAUAAUGAAAGAGGAGCUGAGAUAAAUGGGAAUAGGUGUCUGUCCUCUCCUGUUUCAUUCCCCUCUGAGAUGCUGGCUCCGGAUGGACAUUUAAGAACAGUUCACACAUUACCAAAUUUUGCCCAGGCUCUGGCCGAAGCACGAAAAGCAAGAUACAUCAGACACAGAGGACAACCACUGUGUGAGCGAGAACUCACAAUACGGGAGAUAUUUGCUCGGGAUUCAAGGGCUCCUGCUCAUUGAGACACUAAAUCAGUGGUUCUUGACUGGUUUUGCUGCAGGUCCAGAUUUUUCAUUGGACAGUAAGUAGUAGAAGAAGUUAACGCCAACUUGUCCUGGAUGUUCUGCUAGGAGCUGUUCACAUCCUCAGACUUAAGGCCCAAAGUAUACUUCAGUUUUGAUGCAAAUCUAAAGGUCAUUGCACACUAAGUCCAAAAUCCAUUUUGAUAGGAAAGGAUGACGAAUACGAGAAAAAAAAAAAAACAUACGAAAAUUUCAGACUCAGUGUGCAGUGACCUUUAUCGUAUGUGUAUAGCUGAAUGCGUAGCCUUUCAAAGAGUACUUUAUUUGAUAACAUGUAAAAAUACAGGAGUUCGACACAUGCUUACUAGCAAAUUUCAUCUUUGUGCUGUGACUAAAUUGACUAUAAUUCAAUUUACUGUAAUUUCUUUCUUACUUUGCAUGCACUUUACAUUGCAUGUACUAUGCUAUGCACAUUAUAUACGCAGUGUAUAUAAAAUUUAAGUAUACUCUGGGCUUAACAUUGUGCUUUUUAUGCGAGUUAUGUGCUUCUGUGCCAACAAAAAUAAGGUUAAAUGGAGACACGCACCAGUCAUUAUACAAAUGCCUUAUUAUUAUUUUCUUAUUUAGCAGGACAUUGUUUUUUUAUAGAAGCCCAUUUCCGGCACUGAAUUUAAAAAAAAAAAGUUAUUGCGACUUUUUAUCUCACAAUUUUGAUUUUUUUUUCUUCUCAGAUUUGCAUGCAUAAAUUCACAAUAGCGAGAAAUAAAUUCAGAAUUGCUUGACAUAAACUAGUAACUGCGAGAAAUAAAGUCAGAAUUGUGAGAUAAACUUGCAAAUCAGAUUUUUUUCUCCCAAAUUAUGUGAUACAAACUCACAAUUUUGAGUUAUAAACUCAGAAUUGUGAUAUAAACUCACAACUGCGAGAAACAGUCAGAAUUGCCUGAUAUAAACACAAUCGCAAGUUAUAAACUUGCAACUGAGAAAAAAUCAGGACUGCGAGCUAUAAACUCAACUGCGAGAAAUAAAGAUAGAAUUGUGGUAUAAACUUGAAAUUGCGAGUUAUAAAGUCAGAAUUGCGAGACAAAGUUGCAAUUCGGAUUUUUUUCUCAAACUUACAUGAUACAAACUUGCAAAUGCAAGUUAUAAAGUCAGAAUUGGAUGAUAUAAACUCACAAUUCUGACUUUUCUUAGAAUUGCGUGAUAUAAACUUGCAAUUGAGAGUUAUAAAGUCAGAAUUGCGAGAUAAACUCACAAAUAUUAUUGUUUUCUCAGAACUGUGAUACAAACUCACACUUGUUAGUUAUAAAGUCAGAAUUGUGUGAAAUAAACUGUUAUAAAGUCAGAAUUGCGAGAUAAACUCACAUAUAUGAUUUUUUCACAAAACUGUGUAAUAUAAACAAUUGUGAGAAAUAGUCAGAAUUGUGUGAUAUAAACUCACAAUUGCAAAUUAUAAAGUCACGAGUUAUAAACUCGCAUCUCUGAGAAAAAAGUCAGAAUUGUGAGAUAUAAACUCGAAAUUGCGAGUUAUAAAGUCAGAAUUGCGAGACAAACUCAAAUCUAAUUUUUUUCUCAGAAUUACGUGAUACAACAAUUGUGAGUUGUAGAGUGAUAUAAUCUCACAAUUCAGAUUUUUUUUCUCAGAAUUGCAUGAUAUAAAGUUUGUCUCGCAAUUCUGACGUCAUAACUUGCAACUGCGAGGGAGUUUUAUCAUGUAAAAAAAAAUCUAAUUUGACUUUAUAUCUCACAAUUCUGAGAAAGAAAAGUCUGAAUUCCAAAAUGUAAACUCGCAAUUGCAAGAAAAAAAGUCAGAAUUGUGUAAUAAAAGCUGCGAUUAACCUUUUCAUUUUUAUUCAGUGACGGAAACGGGCUUUCACAGUUAUCCAAGACAGUGCUAACUACAUUAAACUGCAUUUUGUUCUUACAGUAAAUAAUUACACUAAUUCCAACAUAGUGUAAAUGCACCUUUUUUACUUGCAUUUGCAGUCUGUGAUUUUAUCUGAAAAGACCAGUGACCCAUUUUGGAGUCACGACCCUCCAAUUGAGAACCGCUGAGCUAAAACACACAAACCAAAACACAUGCUACACAAUCUUCCUGGUCUUUCUCUAUGUUAAAAACUGAAACACACAUACACAUAAUAUCCAUUUAGAUGUUUUGAAUGACAUAUGUUAAUAAUUGUAACAUGAUUAAUUAGAAAGUCAUAAUAAACAUAAAGUACAAGUAUAUUUGUUUAUAAUUAAUAUCUAAAUGAAACAAACCAGUAUAGGCUGGUUGAACAUGUUUUUUAUCUGCAGCAAUUAUGCCAAUAAUAA